UUUUUUCUGUUUCUCUUAUUUGUUGUUACAUUUCAACUCCUAUAUCUUCCUUAUUUGAUCUUUCCUUGCCUUUUAUCCCUCUCCUCUAGCCAUUCGUACUGUUUCUCCCGCACUAUAUAAUAUUCUGUUUCCUCUUUUUCUUGUAUCUCCUUUGUAAGUUGAUCCAUUUCUGCACAUUCCAAGACUUUUCUAAUCAAAUUAUCUUCAGCCGGUAUGUUAUUGUUUUUCCAAUUCUGGGCAUAUAUUAUUCUUGCUGCUGUGAUAAUAUGGAUGAUUAAAUAUUGUAAUUUUUUUUCAUAAGACCCUGGGAGCAUUCCUAAUAAAAAUGUUUCCCGUUUCAUCUCAGUAUGUUGUUUGGUUAUCUCUUCUAAUUGUAAUCUAAUCUUACUCCAAUACUGUUUUGCUUUCAACUUUUUUAAAUCUAAUCUAAUCUAAUCUAAUCUAAUCUAAUCUAAUCUAAUCCAUGCAAUUUUCUUGACAGCAAUACUUGAUUUUUUUUUUCUUUUAUUUCCUGUAGCCCUGUUACUUCUUUUUACAUCUCCCAAAAUGCUUAGUUUCUGAAUCCACCCAAGGUGUCUAGCUGGCUACCGGUUGAGGCCAUUAAAACAAACACAGUUCGUGUUUUGGUAUUUGUUGCUUUAGACUCUAGAGACUCAACAUGCAUUGAAAUCAACAAGAGAUAUAGUGUGUUGCCUUUCAAAUGGAAACAAUUAAAUUUGUUAUGCCUGGCUGGGCAUACUUCUGCAACUUUGAACCAGAGAUGGGUUUCAGCAGGUUCGGACCCGUUCUGGAGAACCAUUAGUGGAAAUUUUGAGCAGUUCAGAGAACCGGUAGUAAAAAUUCUGACUGGUCCUGCCCCCAUCUAUUUUCUGCCUCCCAAGUCCCAGCUGACUGGGAGGAAAUGGGGAUUUUGCAGUAACCUUCCCCUGGAGUGGGGUGGGAAUGGAGAUUUUACAGUAUCCUUCCCCUGCCACGCCCACCAAGCCACACCCACAGAACCCAUAGUAAACAAAUUUGAAACCCACCACUGCUUUGAACUGAAUUUUGAAAUGUAAAUAGGACACCUGAUCCAGUUCUAAUGCUGUUCAUGCAAUGGCCAGCAGGUGUCCCCAUAAACCUAUUUUUUUUACAAAUUCUUUUCUUUUUUACAAUCUUGCAGAUUUAGUAGGUUCCAUUCUGUAACUGUAAAAAAGUUUCUAGAGCCUUAAUGAAUUUGUAUCGUGCCAAAAAAACAACAACAACAACUACAGAGCAACGUUUCUGAGACCGAAGAUGACUCAAAAAUGAUUUUAAUGUAUUCCAUUUAAAUUCUGGGGUCAAACGGAGAGAGGGGUGGGUUGGAUUAAAGAGAUCCGAUCCAAUAGAAACGACCAGCUAAUAAUCUCCAGAAAUGAAAGAUGACUCACCCUAUGCCCAGGCUGGAAAAUAAACCUUUUAACAUAUUAGAAUAGAAUAGAAUAGAAUUUUAUUUUAUUGGCCAAGUGUGAUUGGAUACACAAGGAAUUUGUCUUGGUGCAUAUGCUCUCGGUGUACAUAAAAAAAUAUUAAACAUAUCGGGGGUUUUUCUCAUUCUCCUUUCAAGUACACAAUGUAUAUAAGGCAGAGCCCACUGUUUGUACAUCACAAGGGGAAUAACGGAGUUGAGAAAUUCCAAAAAGGAAUUAUGAGCAAGUACAAAAAGUAUGCUGUGAUUUGACCAGGCGUUUUUUUAAAAAAAAAAAAGUUAUGUUUUUAGCUGUCUGGACUCAUUUUUAAUUUUUUAGGCGGGGUUCCUAAACUUUCUCCCAAGCCCCGACCCCCCAUUUUCCUCCUCUCUAAGUACACACAACGACCCUGCUUAGUAGGCCAACAUUGCGCGUAAUAAGACUGAAACGCGUCCCUAUUGCACGCCUCGCUCCUGAGUGCUUUUGAAGGGCGGCCAGGGAGAGGCGGGUUUUUUCGCGUGCGUAUGUGUGUGUGUAUAUCUCUCUCUGUGUGUGUGUGUAGCUUUUUUUUUUUUUUUUUUGCGCGUCCGUUUCCUUCCCCAAAGCUGUCCAUUCCGGUCGAUCUCCCUUUCGGCCGCCUGGGCAAGUCUGCGCCCUUGACGGAGCCGCGAUCCUAAAAGAAAAGCCGCGCCGUCCAACUUGUGCCCGUAUAGGAGGGGAACUUUCUUGGGCUGGCCCCGAAGAGAAAUUCCUCUUGCCUUCCUUCCAGCGGUGCCCGGGAGAAGCGAAAGCGCGAUUUUGGCAAGGCCGAAGGGAGGGGAGGAAAAAAAAAAAGGCACCUUUGCCAUCGUCCAGGAUCUCCAACCGGUCGCCCGCGCGCUUUCCGGAGUUUCCCUGGCUUUGGCGAGGAGGCGCAUCUCGAGAAGAACCGUCCAGAGUUUCCGCGGGCAGCUCCUCCUCAGGGUCUCCCGACGGGGCGAGAGAGACGCUUCUGGGCUGCUUGUGCGGACGGCUCCAAGGACCCUCUCCGAGGAACCGACGGGGCGCCCCCCGGUUGGUUUUUCCACCCCGUCUGCGUCCCCGCAGACCCUGGCGCCCCUCGAGGCGGCAAGGCGAUGCCUUUCUGGAAGCGCACCGUGGAGCCUCGGCGGCUGCUCCCUUCGGCGGCCGCGGCCCCACAUCUGGCCGGGCUACCGCUGGCUCAGCUGCACCAGGUGUGCGGCUUGACGACGCUGGCUCUCCUCCGCCAGCUGGCCGACCUGUGCGGCCACUCGGCGGCGCUGCUGGGCGACCUGGAGGGGCGCCUGCUGGAGCUCUCCCGCCGCGCCCACCGCCUGCGGGGGCGCCUUCGCCGCGUGCGUGGACUGCUCCGCCCGGGGGCUUCUUCGGAGCCAGCUUCUUCCAACUUAGACCUGGAUGUGAAGAAGCCUACCCCACCAAAGCUGUUAUGGCAUCAACCCGUCAACAUAUUUUUGGCUCGACCGGUUGGUGUGGAGGACUUACAUCAUGAAGCUGAGCUCAAUCUCCAAAGUUUGCUGCAAGAAGAGUACGAGGAGCCAUAUUCGGACGCCAAGAUCAGUGGCCAAACUUUCCGCUAUGCCAGCUCCCCUUCAGUGGACAGGCAUCUGGAGUGCAGUCCUCGCCCUGCCCCCAACAAACGCAUGGAGUUCAUCUACAUGCCUACAAGCCAGCAAGUGAAGGAGAAUGAAACCACAUCCUUGGGAGUAAGAGUGCUGGAGCCUUCGCUUAGCUUGCCUGCUACCCCAGACAAACACACAGCCUGGACCCAGGGAUCCCCGCUGCCCGCUCUGGAGGACAAGAGGUUACAACAGCCCUGUUCCACCCAAGCCAACAUCGUCCCCAUCAACGUCUCAGGGCAGCCAUUCGCUCGACACGCCAGUGCACGGCACUCCCUGUUCAAUACCGAGACGGCCAUGAACCCCAAGUCUUUGCUACGCCGAAGACGGACCGUGAUUGGUUUUCCCCACCUCUCUCUCCGUGAUCCAGGAAGUAGCAAUGGGCCCAUCCUCAACCCACCGGCCACCAUAGCUGAGUCCAUCUCUUGCAAUUUUGUCCCUGACGUGGUCAAUGGGAGGAGCUCCACUCGCCAAGCCCGUUCUCCUCAUUCCCGGCCACAGCUGAGAAAGACCUUCAGCGAUCUUGGGGGAGUCCUGCAGGGACGAGGUUGCCAAAUCCAAGCGGGCCGUGCUGAGAACUCCAAGGUGAUGUACGCCAGCCCAUUGUGCAACGGCCCCAAAGAGGACUCCAUCUUCUCUCCUGGUUGCAGCACAUCCUCCUUCUGCUACGCCAACUCUUCCGUGAGCCAAAACGAAGCAGCAGCAGAGAGCUCAUCACAGAUGUCUCCUUGCACACCCAGGGACACGCCAGAGGCAGAUCAACCCUCUUCCUUCUUCAUUAGCCAAGACAAUAUGGCUGGGGCCAACGAGUGUGGGACAUUUUGCGCUUCUCCCGAGUCCCCCUUAGAGGCCGAAGGAAGCUUGAGGUGUGGAAGAAGAGACCUCAAAGUCCCUGUGGCCCUUGUCCACUCGAACGAAGAGGAAUCUUCCCAACUGGAGAGGGAGCGAAUCAUGUGCAGAUUCCGUGAGAGGUCGCUCUCUGUCCCUACGGACACAGCCUCCCUAUGCUCGGUGGACAUUGGGGGCAGUGAGACCUGUGGCCUUAGUUAUCCCAGCGCCAGUUCGGAAGGGAGCACGAGCACUGAUAACAUCUCCCUGGCUGUGGAGCAGGAGGCCCGAAAGCAGCGCCGGCAACGGACCAAGAGCAUCUCCCUCAAGAAGGCCAAGAAGAAGCCUUGCCCGCCCACCCGCAGCGUCUCCCUGAUCAAGGAAGGGCAUGUCAGCGAAGCAGAAGAGAGCGGUGAGGCGCUGCCCCAGGAUCAGAGGCCCAAAAGUCUUUAUUUGCUGCCUGAUGCACAGGUCCACAGCAAAGUCCAAGGUGACCCAGUGAGGGAAUUGGAGAGCAGGUCAUAUGUCCAGCAGGGUUUUGUUCCCGAAUGGAAUUCCGGUGACCCUUAUUGCUCUUUGUCCGGCUCCAGCACUGCUACUGGGACUACUGUAAUUGAACUGUCCAAGGUACGUGGGAGUUCCGAGUCCCUCCCUUCUCCUUCCGUCUCCCGGGCCACCACUCCAUCUCACCUCUGUGCUGACAUCAGUUUGAAAACCUCUUCCCCGGGCAGGUUGACAGGGGUAAUGUCUCCUUCCAGCGGCUACUCCAGUCAAUCCGAAACGCCAACCCCAACGGUUCCAACCUCCAUGGUUCUGGGUCAUGCUCCUCACCAGAGUGGGCGGACGAGGCCCCUUGUACCGGAGAGGAAGUCCUCCUUACCCCCGGUUUCUCCGAUGGAACGAAGCCCCAAGUCUCGUCUCUCGUUUGACCUGCCGUUUGCCCCGCCAACACAUCUGGACCUCUCAGGCUUGAAGAUCUCGCACAAGAGCAGAGCCAAAGUAAGCCGACACCACUCGGAUUCUACCUUUGGAGCCAAGUUGGGCCCCAAACUGAGCCCGGUACAGCCAGUGAUGCCGAUGGUGACCCAGUUAGACCUGCGUUCGGUCCGUUUGCGGUCUAUCAGCCGAUCGGAGACCGAGGAUAACCUAGACAGUCCCGAGCUACUUGAGGAACCCGGCAAGAAGAUCCGGCCCCCAGUGGCAGAAAAGCCACCUCUGUCCCGAAGGCCACCAAUGCUGUUGCAUAAAACUCCACCGGUCCAGGAGGAAUCCCCGGUGAGCUCUCCGACUUCUCCAUCGACACCCCAGGGGUUGGUCCCUGCAGAGAACAUUUAUAUGAUGGCCAGGAGGCCAGACCACCUGUGGGAUGCAAGCACAUGGAGCCCCACACAAUCCCCUUCUGUGGAGGGGACAGCUUCUCCCACACAAGGCACCCCGGCGAGGUUCUUCUCCACUUCGCUGAGGCUCUCGGAGGAUAGUUUGGAGGAGGAUGAGCAGACGAAGGCCAAGGUUUUCGACGAGGCGUUGCCUGGGGGAGAGAGCCGUAAAACUAAAGUCCCGCCUCCUGUCCCAAAGAAGCCUAGCAUGCUUUACUUGCCAUUGGUGACUUCCCCACUCCAUCCAGGGCCUUGUCCUGGGGAUCAGAGGUUACCUCCUAGCCCGGUCAUCAUGCUAGAUGAGGAUUCUGCCUACUCAGAACUGACCACUUACAAAGUGCCGUCCCCAGGUGCCAAUGAGGUGAAUGUAAGUCCAAUUCCCGCAGACCUAUCAUGGGGAGACAUUCCAGGGAAUUCUGUGGGUUUGAGGAGCAAGGAAAAACGCUUUGUCAACGACAAAACAGCCGAGUCCAUAACCGAGGAAGAUGAUGAUGUCUUUGUGACAACCCGAACCACGGAAGAUUUAUUCACCGUCAUUCACAGAUCCAAGCGGAAGUUACUGGGUUGGAAGGAACCCAGCGACUCCUUCGCCAACCGACCAAAUUCCCAGAUGCCCACCAAGAACAUCGCAGGGCUGAUGAUCCAUGAAUGCCCUUCCAACACAAACAGAACCUCGAGCAAAAACGAGGACUUUAAGGCUCUCCUUCAGAAGAAAGGAGGCAAAGGGGCCUCGGGCAUCCGAACAUCUGCAGCUGAACUUCUCAAGACCACCAAUCCCUUGGCUCGGAGGGUCAUGACUGAGUUUGCUGUGGACGGGACAAUGCCAAGCUCCAAAAUCCAGCCCUGAGUUUCUUUUCAAGAACUCCUCCUUGCAGUAUAUGCCUCCUUUAUCCUUCUGAUCCUCUUCCAAGUUGACCUUAGGAGUGAGUGUGUUUUCCCCCUUGAAGCUUCAGCGUCUGAGUUGAAUUGUUUCCCUGCAGCCAAAACUUUUUCCAGGUUUUUACUGGAAGGGAGGGUGGUUGGGUGAGUGAGUGAGGAAGAGGAUGAGGAGAUGACUCUGUAGAUCCAAGAAAAGUGUCUUAAAUGAAGAGCACACCCAUCAUCCCUUGUGGAAUCUGCCCCACACUUCUCUUGGGUUAGACAAAGGGACUUGCACAAUGGAUGUUUCUAGAAAGGGCUAUCACAGGUGGGUGUCACGACUUAGACUUAACACUUUCCUCCCUGAUUGCAUGAGGAACAAAAUCUCUCUCUCUCCUUUUCCCUCUCUCCUUCUCUCUUCCCUUCUUUCUCUCUUCCUUUCUUUUCUCACUGUCCCUCUCUCUCUCUCUCUCUCUCUCUCUUUUCUUUUCCAGGUGUACAAAUUUGGGAGCUCCUCAUUUUGAUUUCUUCUCCGCAACAAAGCUAACUUGGAACUGUCCAGUUUCUUUGGCAUGUGGUACUUUUAAGUGCUUGUAGGAUUAUAAUAUGCAGCUGUUGUGGCUUUUCUUCUUCUUUUUAAACACACACAACCAACACACAUACAGACACACAAACUCUGAUCUUUUAUUUUUAUGGUGGGUUUUUUUUUAAAAAACUUUAGGUUUGCCAAAAACCUUUUAAGAGUUUUGACCAAUGAGUCACUUUAGAGAGAUGAGGCUGAAAGUAGAGUUGCCUUUUGCGUAGAGAUGGCUUUUGUCCACUUGAUGAAAUGCUGUCAAACGCAGGUACAGAUGGGGCAGAGCCUGUGUCACAACGAUACAACACUGCUUGUGGUCGCUUGCUCUCCCCUUGAUGGCCCCACGCAGAGGGUGAAAAGUGCUUAACAGGAUAUCUAGUGAGAGAACUCUAAUUUGAAGAGAAGAAUGAGAAAGGAAAAAAAAGAUGGAGAUAAAUAUUGGUAGGGGUUCCCCACCACCACCACCAACUUUGGCAAAGCAAUGUUGGAAGAAUUUUCAGAUCUUCUUAAAUGAGUGAGUGGAAUUUCGGUAUUUCUGGUCAUGCAGAGGCUGUCAUUUUUCCAUACUCUAUAUCUUAGUUCAUGGUUUCUCCAUGAGAAAGGACCUGGCAUUUUGGGGAAGCUGCAUCGAUCAAUACUGGCAAAGAAUUCAUUUCCUCAUUCCCCUCCCCAGCUGUUUGAAAAGAAUACUCCCUGCCAACAGAUUGGUGCGUAUAUCAAUAUCUGACUUAUGAAAAAAGGACCUGCCCAGGGAUGGGUUGCUGGGGGUUCGGGAGAACCUCUAGCUAAGAUUCAGUGCAGUUCGGAGAACCCCCAAAUCCCACUCCUGGCUGGCCCAGCCCGCCCACCCUGCCCAGCCCCUCCCAAGAGUCCCCCACGCAGCCCGUUUUGGAUGCAGGUAAGUGCAAGGAUUGCAAUGGGCCUACUGGAAGUUUGGGAAGGCCGGAAAUGGGUCCUUUUCUGGCCUUCAGAGGGCCUCCAGAGCCUUGGGAGGCCAUUUUUGCCCUCCCAAAGGCUCAUGAAAAGCCUCCGGAGCCCAAAACCCUCAGCCUACCUGUUCAGCUACAGUCUCCUCUGUGGUGCUGGGACUUGCAUGUCUUAUUUUUAUUUAUUUUUUUGCUUAUGGCCUCAUUUUCUACUCCCUCGGCGAAUGCAUUAAGACAGAGGCCACCGAACCCAAGCUGAGGACGAUAGGUUUAGAUGCAAAGACAAUCAUUAGAAUUACCCAGCAUGCUUGCUAUUCAACAACGUAGCCUUUCCUGCUUUCUUGACCUGCCCUCCAGUGAGCAUCUAGCAGUGUUUCUCAACUUUGAAAAUAUACUGGACGUCAACUCCCAGAAUUCCACCAGGCAAAGUUGGCUGGGGAAUUCUGGGAGUUGAAGUCCACAUCUCUUCCAGGUUGAAGAACAAUGCCACACACAUACACACACACACACACACACACAUAUAUAUAUACAUACAUAUAGCAAUCCGUGCAUUAAUGCCUUUCUAAGUUCCUGAGUCCCUAUUUUCUUCAUAGCUUCAGUGAGUAUAGCAUAAUCCAGAGGAUGAGGGCAAAACAAUACAACGUUUUCCAAUGUGUGCUUUGAACAAACCCAGUAUCCAAUGUUCUGAACCAAUUGGCAGAAUAAUAAUUUUUUUUAAAAAAAAGAAAGAAAGAAAUCUUGUCAGUUUAUUCUGGAAUAAAUCAAAAUUCCAACCAGCACCUGGAUAAAUGAAACCUGGUUACUAAUGCCAAGUUAUUUCUCCCGGAUGCUAUUUUGUCGAGCAAAUACCAAAAUGGGUUCAGUAGGUCUCAUGACAGCAGAAUUUAAAAACAAUAGCUUAAAAAAUUGGGUGGGAGGGUAUUGUUUUGAUCGUUUCCCCAAUAGUUCAAUUUAAAGGGGUUUCGUAGCAUCACACAAAGAUCACUGAGUGGUUAUAAAACCUGUUUCAAUUACUGUUAUUUUGGCACAAGAAUGACUGAAUGACUCUAGAAGAAAUUGAAAAUCAAGAGUGAGGACAUGGCUAUCGUCAGAGGCAUCCAAUUGUUCUAUCUUUCUCAAUUUAACACAAGAUGCCUCUUCCACAUUUGAAGAAAUCAUAGUCCCAUUGCCCCCAGCAGAAAAACAAAAAUUAGAACAAAAUUCUUGAAUUUUGUACGGUCAUACUAGACAAAAAUGAUUUGCCAAAGGAUUUUAUUUUAUUUUAUUUUUUUUAUUCCGGGAAGUGAUAAGUUUCACAAAGGUAGAUUUUGAAUGGCAAAUUUGAGACAGCUUGAAAUGAAUGUUAAAUUCCUGAUACAACCCUAGAAAUUGUAGUUGCGGGAGACUGCAGGUGGUCCUUGACCCACAGCCACAAUAUUUCCGCUGCUCAACAAGACAAAUUGUGAAGUGAGCCACGCCCAAUUGUAUUGCCUUGUUGCCGCAGUCGUUAAAUGAAUCAUCGCAGUUGCUAAGUGAAUCAGGUGGUCCUUAAGUGAAGCGCGAUUUCCCCCAUUGACUUUGCUGGUUGGGAAGCGAUCACAUGACCCCAGGAUAGGGCAACUGUCAGAAGUCCAUGCCAGUUGCCAAACGCCCAAACUUUGAUCACAUGACCAAGAAUCGCAUUGGUCGAAAGUGAGAAAACCUAUCACAAAUCAAAUUUUUCCCCUGUCGUCGUAACCAUUGGAACUAAACAAAGGGUUGUAAAUCAAGGACUGCCUACCGCAAACAAAACGCACCAUUUCUCCUCCCUUAAUCCUGAACUUUGUUUACGAAAUGUCAGUUCCAAAGUUCUUUGAUUUUUUUGGGUGGGGGGGGUUUGGAGUCAUGACAGUGAAAGGAACAUGACAUUCAUUUUAGUUCGAGAUAACGUUGAUGUAUAGCUUGCAGGCUUUAGCAUUUGUUCCGCCUAAAAAAUGAUAAUCUUUCUAAAUGCGUUGCUCUUUAUAAGAGUUGUUCUACAAUUGCAGAUGUAGCGUUAGACAAGAGCGGGUACCUAAUGCUGUCCUCACUGCAAACAUUAAUUUUAUUAAUGCUUUAUCACAGCUUUCCCCAAGAACUUGAAGUGUUGCUUGCUGAGAUAAUCCAUUCAUUUUAUUCCCAAAACUCCAGCUGACUUUUCCUGCUUGCUGGAGCUUCUGAGGUUUUAAUCUUAACAGAUUUAGAAGGCAUUGCGUUGCAGGUAAUCCUCGAUUUAUGACCACGAUUGAGCCCAACUUUUCCCGCGCUAAGCCAGACAGUUGUUAAGUGAAUUUUGCCCCCGUUUUACGACCUUCCUUGCCAGAGUCGUUCAGUGAAUCACUGCAGUCGUUAAGUUAGUAACCCGGUUACUCAGUGAAUCUGACGUCCCCAUUGAUUUUUGCGGACAGAAGGUCGCAAAAGCGGGUCACGUGACCUCCCCCUGGGAUGCUGCAACCAUCAUAAAUACGAGCCAGAGUUGCCAAGUUUCUGAAUUUUGAUCACACAUGCUGCAACGGUCGUAAGGGUGAAACACGGUCAUCAUAACUCGCUUUUUUUCAGUGCCGUUGUAAACUUUGAACGGUCGCUAAGCGGUUAAGUCGAGGAUUGCCUGAGCUUGAUCCCGCUGAACCGUGUCAAAAAGAAAAAAGGCCUAGUGGUUGCAUUCACCUACACGUGCUGAGCUUGGUUUGUGUUAACCUCGGUUAAGUGUGGGUGGGUGGGAGGUUGGUGUGGCUUUGUGCGGUGCAAACCCUGUUUAGUUAACGAUGCCGUGUAUUGUGCAGACCCAAAGAAUGGGUUAUUUUCCCGUAACUCAGUUAAGCAUGAUUGUGUGGAUGCAGCCUCUGACUUCCUUGUUACCAAAAAGUGCCCCUAACAAUACAGGGUAGGAGCCUUAGCAACUUGCUACCAGGAGCCAACAACAAUUUGUCACAUAUGCAGAAUGAAACAGGGUGACUUUGUUUAAUAAGAGAUGUAUAUAGAAAUAUAUGUAUUCAAAGCUUAGUUUUCUAUGAAUCCUGUUGUAUCUUACCUGCUUGUAUGAAAUUCAACAUAUCCUGCCUGAGCAUAUUCAAUUUAUUGCUGGAUUGUAUCAGGAUUUAAUUUUCUCUGUCUGGG